AUGGCGGUCUAUGACGGUGCUGGAAACCCCCUAGAGUACAUCCUGAACUAUAAGACGUUCAUGGAGUUUCAGACUCUCUCAGAUGCCCUAAUGUGUAAAGUUUUCCCCACCACCCUCACAGGAUCAGCUAGGACAUGGUUCAAUAGCCUGAAAGCAGGGAGCUUUAGGAGCUUUAUGGACCUAGCCAACAUAUUCAUCAGCCGGUUCAUUGCAGGGAUCUUGGCUGAGAAGAAGACCAGCUACAUGGAGACGGUCCGACAGAGGAAGAAUGAAUCUUUGAGAGAGUACGUGGCCCGUUUCAACUCAAAGGCCCUGCAAAUCCCUGAGCUGGAUGAGGCAAGGGCGGUGGAAGUUAUGCAGAAGGAGACUACAUCCCCUGAGUUUUUUGGGUCGCUGUGUAGGAAGCCACCCACCACCCUGGCGGAGUUGAUGAAGAGAGUAGAGAAAUACAUAAGGCAAGAUGACGCCUUAACUACUAGUAGGUUCGCCAGGGAGGCUGGAGACAGGGGAAAAGCUAUGGAGGAGAGAAGGCCUAAGAGGCAGGAGAGGAGGCAGAAUAGGGGGCCUGAGAUGAACAUGCAGCCUUGGGAUAGGAGAUAA